AUGUCAUUGCCAACUAACCUUUGCCGUCUUCUUCGGCUUCAUAAAAAAACUUCUUAUCCAUUAUCUAUGCAUAUUCGAGGAAUUUUUAGUCGAUACCGAUAUGAAAAAGGAGCUGAAGCAGCGGACGAGUUUCCGUUACAAGAUAAGAAACCGGUUAUUACUCCUCCCAAAAAAGAUACAUCACCCACAUUAGCUCCAGAUGAAGUUAAAGGAACAGAUAUGGAACCAUGGUUUCCUACUCAAAACGAACUGAAAGAAAAAGAAUGGGUUAAACCACAAUGGGAACGAGAGAAGACAAAUCACGUGUGGUACGGGUUUAAUUAUAAUGACAAAUUCAAAGAUGAGGUGUUAAUGAAAGAACGAUAUUUUGCCAUAAUUGUAAUUGGCUGUUUUGGCUUUUGGUUUUGUUGGCGUUAUUUUCCAGAUAAAAGAUUGGAAGAAUGGUGCCAACGAGAAGCCUAUCUACGUUUAGCUUCGCGUGAAAGUCUUGGUCUACCGGCGAUUGAUCCAUGGUAUGUACCACCUGAAAAAGUUGUUUUACCGACAGAUGAAGAAUUGGGCAAUUUCCCCAUUGAAAUCUAA